AUGGCAUUGCUGACUCCACGCUUUCAGAGAGCAAUAAGGAAAGGUAGUUUCUUGAAGAAGGGUAGCUCAUCAAAAUCAAAGCUUGUAGAGAAGACCAAUAACAAUAACAGUGCUGAUGGUUGCUACAAGUGUGGAAAGAAAGACCACUUCAUCAAGGACUGUCCUCUGUGGGAACUCGAGUGGAAAAAGAAAAAUUAUGAUAAAGGAAAGCAACAAAAGAAAGAUCGGGUUCCUGGACAAAGAAUGACAAACAAGGCAAUGGAUAAAAUUAUGAAAAAGGCAAUGGCUUCUAUACAAUCAUCCUCAACUGAUGAGUCUGAUGAUGAUGAUGGAAGUGAAGAUGAGGAUCAGUCAUUAAUGGCCAAGCACAAUGACUCAGAAUCAGAAGAUCUCUUGGCAUUGAUGGAAAAUUCAUACUCUGACGCCGAUGAGGAAGAAGAACCUGAGUUAAGCUUUCAAGACAUCAAAGACAAAAUUCAGACCUACUCUAAAAAUAAACUGAUUUCUCUAUCAGACUUCUUAAUUGAUGCAUAUCAAAAAAAAAUGACGAAAAGGAGCAAUUGA